AAGGGCACCGGGGAAGCUCCUGGGGGUGCUUCUCAGGGUUAUUGGAGUGGGGAGUAGUCCGAGAAGGCUUCAAAGAAGAGGCAGCACUUAAACUCCGAGGCAACUGUCCAUCCCGCGAAAUGGACCCUGGAUAUGUGUGACUUGUCACUUCUGGGUUCAAGAAUAGAGCAGCUCCAGGGGACAUACUAUUUCACAUAGAGGAAGUUGGGAGAUCUUCCAGUGAGGAUUAAAAAAAACACCCCAGAAAUUCCGCCAGAUGCUACAACAAGGAUGAACCUGGAAGACGUCAAACUCCACGAAACAACAGUCACAUAAAGGACAACUAAUAUGUGACUCCCCAGUGUCACCGGACGGGGACCGGCCUGGAGCGUGUGGGUUCUUGACUUUGUGCAGGAAUGAUUUCGCAACACGAGUCCAGGUGAGAAUCUUAGGGGAGGGUUUAGCAGAAUAUUCAUCGGCUUUCCAGAGAGAAGGAAAGGAGGAAGAAAGAGAAGGAGAGAAACAUGAAUGUGUGGUUGCCUCUCAUGUGGCCCCCACUGGGAACCCGGCCCCCAACCCAGGCAUGUGCCCUGACUGGGAAUCGAACCAGCGACCCCUUGGUUCACAGCUUGCGCUCAAUCCACUGAGCUACGCCAGCCAGGGCUCCAGAUGGAGCCUACAGGACCUGGGCAUGGAUAUGAUGUCGGGGGUGAUGGAACAGGACAAUGAGUAGUGCUGUGGUCGCCCUGGGGUCUGCCCGCCCCCAUGGAGGCUCCGUCCCCGCAGCCCGUGAAGCAGGAGGUCCAGGCCGCUGAGGUCCUGGCCCUGGACUCGCCGUGGCACCGUUUCCGCCACUUCCACCUGGGCGACGCGCCGGGCCCCCGUGAGGCGCUGGGCCUGCUGCGUGCGCUGUGCCGAGACUGGCUGCAGCCCGAGGUGCGCACCAAGGAGCAGAUGCUGGAGCUGCUGGUGCUGGAGCAGUUCCUGAGCGCCUUCCCCGCGGACGUCCAGGCCUGGGUGUGCAGCCGGCGGCCGCAGAGCGGCGAGGAGGCCCUGGCCCUGCUGGAGGAGCUCUGGGGACCAGCAAUGAGGGCCCCUCGGGAUGUGACGGACGGCUCCAGGGUCGGCCUCCAAAAAGAAGAUGGGGUGACUCCAUUAGGAGAUGCUGCCCCAGGGACUGAGGAGCCGGCCAUGGGGGACGCCCAGGCCACACGCCCCUACAAGCAGGAGCCGGGCAGCCCCCAGCUGGACCCGCCGGCCUUGCCUGCGCCUGGCCUGCCCACCUGCCUGGCCUCUGCAGGCACCGUGUCCUGCCCGGAGUGCGGCAAGGCCUCCCUGAAGCCUGCGCACCUGCUGCGCCACCGGCAGAGCCACUCGAGCGAGAAGCCGCACGCCUGCCCCGAGUGCGGCAAGGCCUUCCGGCGGAAGGAGCACCUGCGGCGGCACCGCGGCACGCACCCCAGCAUCCCCGGGCCAGCCCUGCGCCCGCUGCCCGCCCGCGAGAAGCCGCACGCCUGCUGUGAGUGCGGCAAAACCUUCUACUGGCGCGAGCACCUGGUGCGCCACCGCAAGACACACUCGGGCGCGCGGCCAUUCGCCUGCUGGGAGUGCGGCAAGGGCUUUGGGCGCCGGGAGCACGUGCUGCGCCACCAGCGCAUCCAUGGCCGCGCGGCCAGUGCCACGGGCACACCCGGCGCGCCGGGGCCCGAGGGCGGGGGGCCCUUCCCGCCAUGGCCCCUGGGGUAGCUGUCUAUCUCCAGGACCUGCUCCUCGCCUCUCCUUUCCCUUGUUUAAACCUCAAGUGUCCAAUGCCCCAGUUCUCAGUUCCUUCCUAGUUUUUUCUGUGCUGAACUUCAUUUUCUGGUUCAGCUCCCCUUCUUCCAACCCUCCCGACCUCCCAUCCAGUCCCACCCUGUGAAAGGUGCUUCCACACUGUACCCUCCUCUCCCCGCCGCCUCUUCUCUCCACCUGCCCUGUACCCAGGGAGGGCAGAAAGGUGGGCCGGGAGCCACAAAGAGGAGCAGCAGGCAGGCUCCUGGGUGGAGAGGAGGCUGAAGACAGGGGCUAGGUCUUGUUCCUAGGAGACCCCCACAGGGCAGAUUGGGGGGCAAGGGAGGGGUCUGGCUGUGGGCUUCUUGGUCUCCCUCCUCCCUGUGCCCCAGGAAAGUAGAUGGACAGAGAUGCCUGCUCUGGGGGGGGGGGGGGCACGUUGGAAGCGAUGAUUCACCAGCAUCUGCAGAGCAAUAAAGUCACUGAUGAGGUGCACAGCCAGAGUCCCAGGUUCUGUCGUGGGGCCGCUCUCCAGGGCCGUCUCUGGGGAGAGGUUCUCUGGAACUCCCCAGCUGGGAGAGGCCCUGGGAGCC